UAGCUGAGUGUCUCCUACAGCCUCUUUCUGACCGAGCACCGGGACGGCAGAGAGAUGAGGUAGUCUCGGACUUUCCACGGCUUUUGACGAAAACGAAACCGUUUCGCAGUGUUGAGCGGUAACACAGGAUAUGUUUUAACAAAUGAACACUAGUCUGGUUGUUCUCAGAGAGCGUGGAGACACUUCGUCGUGUUUUUAAAAGACUGUGGACACCGGAGGAAAGUUUAAAUCCCUGCGCUGCCCGGGGGGAAAGGUGAGACGGGCGCGACUUCAAUUUCAUUAGCUGUCCCGGCACUACAGGGUGGUUUUGAUUAAAAUUUGGCUGCCUAGUGGAGUUUUAUCCGCGGGUACAGUUGUGUUGUUUCGCUGUCCUGCACUGAACUCUGUUUAGCAGCAUGUCUGACAAGUGUGCCGCUGUGUAACCAGUUCAUCCAGCUCUGCGGGGAGUUUCGACUGCUGCUUGGCUGACUUCAGGUAAACCGUUGACGAGGUUUGCGGCUCGUCCAAAAACACCCCUGCACACACACUUUCACAAUAAUGGCUGGUUUGAGCAAUGUCCACAUGAAAACCCUGGAGGACCUGACGCUGGACUCUGGCUACGGGGCGGGGGACUCCUGCAAAUCCCUCAGCCUGUCCUCCUCCAAGUCAAACUCCCAGGCCUUCAUGACGGCCCCUCACCGGGGCAACUGGUGGUAUUACUCCGGCUCCAUGAACAGCAGGAACAACAGCUGGGACACGGUCAACACUGUCCUCCCCGAAGACCCGGAGGACAUCUUCUCCAAGUGUCCCCGCUUACCUGACUUGGAGGAGUUCCCCUGGGGCGAGGAGGAGGUGGCAAAGAUACUUCGCAAAGUGGCCGGGAGUGGGAGCAUCAAAGGGGGACCUGCACCUGUGUUCUCCCCGGACGCGGUGAGGCGGCUGUCCGCCCUCCUCCGCAGGGCUCUCAUCCGCAUCUCCAGAGAGGCGCAGCGGCUCAGCGUCAUGCACUGCCGCUGCACACGCUUCGAGGUGCAGAGCGCCAUGAGGCUGGUGCUCAGCUGGGCCCUGGCUGACCACUGCGUCUCUGCUACGGUCAAGGCCAUCUCCAUGUAUAGUAUGAGCGCAGGGGAGCUGCUGAGGAAGGGCAAGUCCGCCCGCUGCGGCCUGUCUUUCUCCGUGGGACGCUUCUUCCGCUGGAUGGUGGAUACCCGCAUCUCCGUGCGCAUCCAUGAGUAUGCAGCGAUAUGCCUGACCGCAUGCAUGGAAGCUUUGGUGGAGGAGAUAGGAGUCCGGGUGCUGAUGGCCGAGAGGGGUCAUCCAGGGCCAGAUUCAGGGUCAGCAUGCGCCCCAGUGAGUGCCGAGGCCCUGGAGGGGGUGGUGAACAAUGACGCGGAGCUGUGGGGAGUCCUGCAGCACUAUGAGCACUUGAUCUGCGGGAAGAACGCCAGUGGUGUUUUGUCCCUUCCGGCUCAUUUCAGUCCCUAUACAGAGAACCAGCAGACGUCUGUGGACAGCAGGGAGGAUGCCUAUGCCCAGCUGGAGCUGAGGACGCUGGAGCAGUCCCUGCUGGCUACUUGUGUGGGCAGCAUUUCUGAACUCAGUGACUUAGUGUCCCGUGCAAUGCACCACAUGCAGCGCCUGAGCUCAGUGCGCCCAGGACUGAGCCCAGCCCGUCACACCCGUCCCCAACAGCCUGUGUCCUGGUCGCCGGACGCCCUCCACACCCUUUACUACUUCCUGCGCUGCCCGCAAAUGGAGUCCAUGGAGAAUCCCAAUUUAGACCCUCCACGCAUGGCACUCAGCAAGGAGAGGCCAUUCCUGCUGCUGCCACCUCUGAUGGAGUGGAUGAGAGUUGCCAUAGUUCAUGCUGAGCAUCGCAAAAGUCUACUGGUGGACAGCGAUGAUGUCAGGCAGACCGCCAGGCUACUCCUUCCAGGGCUGGACUGUGAACCAAGACAGCUGAAGCCUGAAUGUUGCUUCAGCUCCUUUAAGCGUCUGGACUCCAGAGCCGCCACAGACAAGUUUCACCUAGACUUGGGUUUUCGGAUGCUCAACUGUGGACGCACAGAUCUCAUCGGCCAAGCCAUCGAUCUGCUCGGGCCGGAUGGGGUCAACAGCAUGGACGACCAGGGGAUGACCCCUCUGAUGUAUGCCUGCGCAGCUGGAGACGAGGCCUUAGUCCAGAUGCUGAUCGAUGCAGGAGCCAACCUUGACGUGGCGGUCCCACCAUGCUCCCCAAAGCACCCCUCUGUGCAUCCUGAUAGUCGACACUGGGCAGCCCUCACCUUCGCUGUUCUGCACGGACACAUCUCCGUUGUGCAGCUCCUGUUGGAUGCAGGGGCCAACGUGGAGGGGGCCGCAGUCCGCAAUGGACAGGAGAGCACAGCAGACACGCCACUGCAGCUGGCCUCAGCAGCAGGCAACUAUGAGAUGGUGAGUUUGCUCCUGGCACGAGGCGCAGACCCCUUAUCAAAGACCCAUGAUGGGAAUGCCCUUACGUCAUCCCUCUAUGAAGACAUGAACUGCUUCAGUCAUGCUGCCGCACACGGACACAGAAACGUGCUGAGAAAGCUCCUGACUCAGCCCCAGCAAGUCAAAGAGGAUGUCCUGUCUCUGGAGGAGAUCUUAGCUGAGGGGGUGGAAGGUGAGGAGGCCGUGAUCUGCCCUUUCCUCCCUCUCUCCCCCCUCCCCACCCCUUCCUCUGGCCCCGGGGCCCUGCCAGAGGUGGGCAUACCAAGGCUCUGCAAGGCCAGGAUGAAGGCUCUGCAAGAGGCCAGCUACUACAGCGCUGAGCACGGCUACCUGGAUGUCACCAUGGAGCUACGGGCUAUGGGCGUACCAUGGAAACUACACGUGUGGCUGGAAUCUCUGCGCUGUGCCCAGCAGCAGUCCAGGGCGGGAGUCACCCUCUCACUGCUCAGAGAGUUCACCACGAUCAGAGAAGAGGACUACUGUGAGGAGCUGGUCACCAUGGGCCUGCCUCUCAUGUUCAACAUCUUACGUACCACCAAGAAUGAUGCCAUUAUACAGCAGUUGGCGGCUAUUUUUAGUCACUGUUUUGGCCCAGCACCUCUUCCAGCCAUCCCUGGGAUGAGGGCAACUCUUUCAGCACAGUUAGACCCUCAUUUCCUGAACAACCAGGAGAUGUCAGAUGUAACAUUUUUGGUGGAGGGGAAACCGUUCUACGGCCACAGAGUCCUGCUGAUCACAGCCUCUGACAGAUUCAAGUCUCUGCUGGCAUCCUCCGGACCAGAUGGAAGCCCCAGCAAGGAGAUCGAGAUCAGUGACGUCAAGUACAACAUUUUCCAGAUGAUGAUGUCAUACCUGUACUGUGGAGGAACAGAGUCACUGAAAACUGUCGUGCCUGACUUGCUGGAGUUGUUGUCAGCUGCCAGUCUGUUCCAGCUGGGGGUGCUACAAAGACACUGUGAACUCAUUUGCUCGCAGCUCAUCAACCAGGAUAAUGCAGUCAGCAUCUACAAGACAGCCAAGGCCCAUGGUUCAGUGGAGCUGAGCUCAUUCUGUGAAGGUUACUUCUUGCAGCAGAUGCCUGCUCUACUGGAGAGAGAGGGUUUCAGGAGCCUGUUGUUGGGACCCCCCGCGGCCCGACAAGGGAACAACUCCACUUCUACGCUGGUUCACAGCCGGGGAGAAUCACCUCUGGAGGAGCUGGAGGCCACCCUGGCUCAACGGCUACGCUCUCUUUGCGUCACCUCCCGAGUUUGAGGACAGCAAGACAGCUGCUGAGGAGAGAAGACAGGAAUAAGAAUGUGGCAGUCGAAGCGGAAGUUUCAUCUUAUCACUGAUACAGGAUCAGAUCUUAAGGAGCUGUUUAAGUUGUUUGAGUACAGAUGUUUUCUUUUAGUGACACCUGAUCCUAUCUCUGGUAACAAGCAACUUCCACAGUGCUUCGACACUGGGACACAGAUCAGUGAGUUAUGUGGCAGCAGUAAGACUUGGCUUUGUGUUUGCACCAAGCACUCCAUCUUGACAUUUAUUGCAGUGAACAGCAUGUUUGUGAAGAAGAAAGUUGGACAAUGUGACGCUUUUUCUCCAAGGCUCGGGAAGCUUUCAUGGAGAAGCAACAGAUGGAUGCAACAGGUGGAAACUCUGAAUUAUGAAACACUGCUGCCCUCUACUGGACAGAACUGGUAAAAUAAAUAAUUGCUUUGGAGGAGUGGUAUCGACGGCACCCUCCUGGUUCUGACUGAAGCUAUGUAAAGUGAAAAUAGACUGAAUCAAGUGAGGCAGCCAUGCUGGACUUUUGGCUUUGUCCCGUUUAAACUAAUAAUGCAGAGUGGGAGGACGGAGGUAGGCUCAGUGCCUCCAGCAUUGACGUAAGCUUUGGAUUAACAAAUGUACUUUUUAUGUAACUGUAUGUUUUUAUUUUCUAUUUUUUAAAAAGUAUGACCGCAGAAACAAAACACUUACUGAAGAGUGGGAUGGACAUUUUCUAUUUAAUGAGAAAAAAAAGAUGUGAGAGUAUUUAACGGGGUGUUCCCUUUUAUUUUGUUUUUAAUCCAAGCAAAUUAUUAAUAUUAUUGAUGAAAAAUUGCUUUUGUGUAGCUGUUGUGUUUUUUUUUUCUCCAGGUACACUCUAACAGUAAUUAAGCUUAUGUAUGCUGAGGUUUAAUGCUUCUAUACAGGAACAGCAGCAGAGUCCAACAUGGGAAUUGGAAUACAUAAAGUCUGUUUUAUUGCUGAAUAUUGUAAUAAACCUGGUAAACGAG